AGAGAGAGAGAGAGAGAGAGAGGGGGAAAAAAAGAAAAAUUGAGAAACCCAUAUAAAAUUAAUCGAGAAAGCUUGAAAACUUUAGGUUCCAUGGAGGACGAGACGACGAAGCUGAGCAUAUACAGAGCAGCCAGGACCAUAAAGCGCAGAGACAACAGCCUCUAUAACGCCUUGAGAUCAAUCUACGAAGACUCUAUUUUUGUGGGUGAGAUUUCCCAGCUAUGGCCGGAUCUCCCUCUCCUAGCAAACCUCCGUUGUGGGCUCUGGUAUUUUCCCAAGUUCCAUUCCACUUGUUAUUUCAAGUCCACUGAUGGCCAUAACAAUAACUGGUCCUUCAACACCUCUCGUCUCAACCUCCAUGUAGCUCAGCUUGCUGGACAGAAGGGAGGGUGUUUUAUAGUGGAUUCCACCAGAAAAGGGAAGAGAUUUCCGGACAGCAUGUCCAAAACUAUACCCAUUUGGACUUGUGUUUUGAAUCGUUCCAUUCACAAGCACUUGAGCAAAAUGCAUGAUGUUGCAGAGUUGGAGAAGGGGGUCUUAUCUACUACUGAUGAACAGUUUCAGAAUGAAAGACAGAAUUCUGUUGAUUGGGAUUGUUCCUUGCAUCUUCCUCUGUGGGUUUCCGAGACAGAGAGAGCUUCCAUAGAGGAUCGGUUAGAGGAAUGGACGAAACAGUUGGAUGAAAGUGGAGCUGAUAUUGCCUCCCUUGCAUCAUGCUUGAAAAAACCGUUACGCCCUCUAUGGAUAUCUCAAAAAACUGUCAUCUGGUUGAAUGAAGUUCCUGACCAUGAUUCAUGGGAUUUUACACCCAUUAUACUUGUUUCUGCCUCUUCCGCAACUGGUGUAAUUCAGCAUAGGACUACCUCAGAGUUUAGCUGGAGGUAUAUACCAGGGGCUGGAGAUGAUGAAGAGAGCUGGGCAAAGGGCUUAUCGCCUAAUCUUUUCUGGAAUCAUGCCUAUGAUAUUAUCAACUCAGGGCCUGAAUUAUGUAAUCAGAAGGUAGCUAAUAUAGUUGAAAAAGAUCGAGUUUAUCGUGCUCAAAGAGGACAAAAUGCUCCUCAGGUGAUUGUCAAGUCCAAAAAGUUGGCGGGCAAUUUAGCUCAUCCUUCACUUGAAGAAUCAACACUGUCUGCUGAUAUCUCGAACAUUAAAAUUGAUCUUAAAUCUUGUGAUGAAGGCUGUGCAAUAUCUUGGCUGGGUUCAACUAAUCUUGCUGUAGGCACAUCUCAAGCUGCUGCGAAUCUGUCAAAUGUUAAUUGCAUAUUAAAUUGUGAUCAGGAGUCUAUAUCUUUCCUUCCUGAGACUGAAGCAUAUCUACAUCUUCCUAUGGUGAUCUCAAAACUGGACCGCUUUUCCUUGUUGAACAAUCUCCCUUCUGCAGUAAACUUUGCAAAAUCAAAUCUAAGCAACGGGAAGAGUCUCCUUAUUUGUUGUCAGAAUGGGGAAGAUAUCAGUGUAUGUGUCUGUCUGGCAAUCCUAACAUCGUUAUUUGAUGAUCAAGGGACCUUUGAUGGUGGAAAAUCCUUCAAUGAGACACGUAUUACUAAAUGGGAAAUGCGGAGAAGAUUGGUACUCAUCUGUAACUUUGUAGUAAACGCUCGGCCAUCCAGAGGAAAUCUUAAGCAGGUUUUUGGUUUUCUUAGUGGUGGAAGAGUAGAUUCUGUCUUGCAACAACCUUCAGAUUGUGGUGAUAUAGACCGUUAAAACUAUUCAGAUAAUCUUUAUGGAAUUUUACUCAAGUUUUGCUGGAGUAAAUUGUGAAAAUUCUACUUUUGAAGCUCCUUCUGGUUUCAGUUUUUCAUGGAAAAACUAAAAUCCAAGAAAAAAGAAAGGGUCCAACAAGAAAAAGAAGCAAAGAGGAUAAAAAGUCCAAGUAUACCAAAUAUUAAUGUAUAUUAAGAUUUUGUUAGUAAAGAAUUUUCUGGUCAGUCUACUUGCAGUUGGUCAUCCUUUAACUAAAGCCUUUUUGGCAAUUUUUGUUUUCAAGUAGACAAUGUUUCUUUUUAUUAGUAUUUUAGAUAUUGAUGAGGCAUAAAGUUUCGAGAUGUACUCUAGACUGAAAUAACUUGUAUAAUUAUUAUUAUUAUUUUGGUAAUGGUAUAAUUAUUUGUUUGAAUA